AUGACAUCAGCGACGAUCACACCAACGAGCGACAUGGUGACUGUUCGAUUAGGUGAAGCGAUACAUUUAUCAUGUGUUGUGACAGAUACUGAUAAAAAAGACAUAUCAGAUGUGCGUUGGUACCGCGGUACAAACCUCGUUCCCUAUGGCUGUAUUGAAAGUGCAGGCGGGUGUCCAGCCGCGGGAUCUCCGUGUCCCGAGGGGAUCACUACGGAUAACCGAGGCACCGUACGAUAUGAAAUAGGGGCCAGCAAUGAUCAAGUAUUGACUCUGACAAUUAACAGUAGUACAUUGAACGAUGACACCAGUUUCUCAUGUGGUAUUCUAAAGGUCGGAGGCACCUCCCAUACAUCGAGUGGAAUCACCGUUACUGUGUAUGUUCCUGAAGCAACCACUCCCAAUGGCCAGCAAACACCAUUGGGAACCACACUCACUGCGUCUACCACCAACUCACCACACACAACUACAAUGAUAUCGUCACAUCAAAAAAGCACCACAUCCAUUAGAGCUACAACAUUACCUACAAGGCAAACUACGGUGGGUAGUUCCAUCGCGCCAUAUCAAACAAGCACUACACAAAUAACUUUAGGAACAACCAUUAACACUAUAUCACUCUUAGUCACAGGAACCAGCACAAAUACAGCAGACGUUGUAACACCCUCUCAUCAACAAGACAUCGCAACAAUGACAGACACAUCUUCAAGUAAUAAUGAACAAGCUUCACUCUCCACCAGCAUCAGUGGCUCAAACUGCCGAGUCUCUCUGACUGUACCGAUACUCGCCGUGGUAGUGGCAGCUUGCGUGGUUAUCAUCAUCAUACUCCUGAUCAUCAUAGCAUACCUAGUCUCCUCAAGAAAGGGGAGAUCAAAAGAUGCAGAAUCAAGGCUUGGUUUACGCUCACCGGAUGAAGUAGCAUCAAAAGGUAAUGGUCCAACGUACCAAAACACAAAUCAGCCACACACAUACGAGAAAAGAAUGAGAAACAUUACUAACCAAGACGGAGACAAGUCGACCGGAGAGCGGCCGUUGACCGUUCACCCUUUACCAACACACUACGAGCCCGUACAGGCAGGAGUUGGUAGCACACAGCAGGCUGGUGCUCAAAGGCAGCCAGGGAGAGGAGUCCGGGAUACAUCUGCCGUAACUACGGGUGAUGCAGAGUCAGGAUACCAGGCUUUAGAAAUGACUAACCAGCCACCAGCCGAGUAUACCAAUCUGGACAUAGCGAUACUCGAUGGUUAGAGAAGAGUUGAGGGCACAAUGCUCUCAAUACGAGAUUUAAGGCUAAUAAUGACAAUAACACUUCUAACCUAAAGUUUUAUGACUAGUAGACAAUUGUUUACGGUUUGUGGUCAUCAAAGAAAGGUUUAAAUUCUUACUUGUUAUUCAACAUGAUUACUUUAUAAGAAGCCGUAUAUAUAGGUGUAUUUAAAGGGUAAUACUUAG